CAGGGGCCUGGACACCUAUCUUCAGCUGCCCUCCCAGAUCUCCUCUCUCCAUCUCUGAGGCGAGGGUCCGGUGCCCCUGAGCUAUUCUCCCCAGUGUACCACACUUUCCUUUGCCAAUCUGCGUACUGGAGGCGGGGCCGCCUGCUGGCCUUGAAGCCCCGCCCCCGGCUCCCGUCCAAUCACAGCCCCUCCUUCCGGGGGCUGGGCUGAAGGGCUGCACUCCAAGCUGCUAGCUAGCUCCGGCACUAGGCUCCCAGCCUGGAAUCAUGCGCUGCUGCUGCUGUCGCCACCGCCAACAACCACCCCGUGCGCUGGGGCUGUUGCUGCUGCUGCUAUUACCACCACUUGUCCUUGUAUCUCCCUUGGCAGCAGCUGCUGAAGGUCCAGGCCACUGUGACACCAUAUACCAGGGCUUCGCCGAGUGUCUCAUCCGCUUGGGGGACGGCAUGGGCCAUGGAGGCAAGCUGGAGACUGUCUGCAGGUCUUGGAAUGACUUCCACACCUGUGCCUCACAAGUCCUGUUGGGCUGCCCGGAGGAGGCAGCUGCUGUGUGGGAGUCACUACAGCAAGAAGCUCGCCGGGCCCCGCACCCGGAUAACUUGCACACACUGUGUGGUGCCCCUGUGCACGUCCGGGAGCGUGGCACAGGCCCUGAGACCAACCAGGAGACGCUGCGGGCGACAGCGCCUGCCCCCACCCUGGCCCCCACACUCCUGCUGCUGGUGGCCACUGCUCUGGUGCUCACUUGCCUCCUGGGGCCUCUGGCCUAGCCAUUGGGGUCAGAUAGCAGCACCCUUGCCGCCACCUCUGCUCUGGUGGCUGCCCUCAAGGCUCUGCAGAGUGCGCUCAGCUUUCAUUAAAGGUAUUUAUAUUUGUAUUAA